AAUUCCACCAAAAUACAAAAAGCGAAGCUUUCGGGCUUCCCCUCUCUCCUUCCUCUCUCUUCCUCCUCCUCCUUCCUCAUCAGUGGAAUCUGGAGAUCUUCUGCAGCCACAUCUCCGUCGAUCUCCGCCGCGGCUCUUCUCCCGUCGCCACCGGCCGCCCUCCGCCUCCUCUCCGUGCUCCGAUCUUCUCUCAUCGCUCGCCGCCCUUCUCCGCCUCGUCUCUCCCUCUCCGUCCUUCCUCGUCUCGCCUUCUUCGCUCCCCGCGUCCGCGCCUGCUGCUGCUCCUCGGCGCUCCGCCUCCGAUCUGCCGCUGCUCGCCGCCUCUCCGUCGUGCCGCGGCCUCCGUCGUCGUCGCGAUCUGCUCCGUCGCCUCCUCUGCUCGUUGAAUCUCGUCACGAUCCGUAGAUUUUGCAAAGAUGUCUGGUCAAAGCCAGCGGCUGAAUGUGGUUCCUACCGUCACGAUGCUUGGAAUCAUGAAGGCUCGCCUUGUUGGUGCUACAAGAGGCCAUGCUCUACUCAAGAAGAAGAGUGAUGCUUUAACUGUGCAGUUUCGUCAGAUCCUGAAGAAAAUUGUAUCGACAAAGGAAUCAAUGGGGGACAUCAUGAAAGCAUCCUCAUUUGCCCUGACUGAGGCCAAGUAUGUUGCUGGCGAAAACGUCAAGCACGUUGUUCUGGAAAACGUUCAGAAUGCUUCUUUGAAAGUCCGAUCCCGACAAGAGAAUGUUGCUGGUGUGAAGCUUCCCAAAUUCGAAUAUUUUACUGAUGGGGAGACCAAGAAUGCCCUGACCGGAUUAGCCAGAGGUGGUCAACAAGUUCAGCUUUGUCGUGCUGCUUAUGUGAAAGCCAUUGAGGUUCUUGUGGAGCUUGCUUCGCUGCAAACAUCAUUCCUGACUCUUGAUGAGGCUAUUAAGACCACCAAUCGUAGAGUGAAUGCACUGGAGAAUGUUGUGAAGCCCAGGUUGGAGAACACUAUAAGUUAUAUCAAGGGUGAGUUGGAUGAACUCGAGAGGGAAGAUUUUUUUAGGCUGAAGAAGAUUCAGGGAUAUAAGAAGAGAGAAAUAGAGAGACAGCUUGCAUCUGCCAAGAGAUUUGCAGAAGAGCAGUUUGCAGAGAAGGUUUCCUUGCAUAAAGGAGUUUCCAUCAAUACAGCCCACAACUUGUUAUCGGUAGCAAUGGAGAAGGACGAGGAUAUCAUUUUCUGAUUUGCCUGUGUUUCUCAGGUAUUUGAUUCAGCUGUGCUGAUUGUUUUGGCUUGAAAAUUUCUCAAAGUGGCCAUGGAUUAAAGCUUUCUCCAUAUUAGUCUCUUCAUUUGGGCGUCUUCUCCUUGAUUUGUUGAUUUAAAGCCUCAUCAUGUCAAAGUCUCUAGUAUUUGUUCAUCUAGUGGCUUUAUCUAUUAGUUCGCUGAUAAGCUGUACUUAAUCGGAUCUGUUCUCCAUCAAUAAUUUAUGUCAUGGUGUUGAUUUUUCC